GAGUUAGCGCCAUAUCCAUUGACGAUGUGCUGAAGAGAUUUUUGGCUUCACGACGUUUUAACACAAGUCACAACUAUUCCAAUUGCAAGCAUGGCAGCAGUGUCAGGAUUGAUGUUUGCAAUUAAAUAGUUUAAAAUACAUUAUUAUGAACCCGAGCUACGUAUUGACCAUGUUACCAUAUAACCGCCGGUCUGCAAAGUGAUGUAAAUCUGUACAAUGUGAUGCUUCUAUUUGAAAGUCAGGAGAGCACCGCGGCUGCAACAAUGACUGGCUGCAACUCCAUGCACUGUACACAUUGUAUAUCAUUGAUUGGGAAGUAAAACCGGCGGCGCGAUGUCUUUCGAAAGGAUGUCUGAGUUUUGCGGGGAAUUGAUCCGGUCAUUUUAUCCACACAAUGCAGUGCAACCCCCCGAGGAGAGAAGACUCCUACAGUCUCAGAGAUUAAAAAGCGGUGGAGGCAUGCGCGGAGCCAAGCAUCCUACUCGCUGGCGUAAUUUGACGGAGCGCUGAGUGUGAGAUAUAAGGUUGUCUCAUGUUAGCAAGUUGAAAACUUCCCGAUUGGAGACCGUCUCGAAGAAAAUCCAGCGGUCUUGCAAGCCAGGUGAAGUAGAAAUGGGAUGGAUGCCAAUUUCAUCUCAAGAAACCAGUCGGCUUCUCUGGACGAGGUCAUGAUAGACAGGGAUAGAAAUGAGAUUCUUCCCAAUUAUUUCCUUGAGAAACUUUUGUUGCUCGACAAGAACAACCAGUCUCUCCACGAGUUGCUGAAGUAUUUUGAUGUGGACGAACAAGGCAUCAUUGGGAGUGGUUCCCCCGCCAUGCGGAUCACCAUCUCCAUCGUUUACUCCAUGGUAUGCGCCUUGGGGCUGGUGGGCAACAUGCUGGUGUUGUACCUGAUGAAGAGCAGACAGGAAUGGAAGAAGUCCUCCAUCAACCUGUUUGUGACCAGCUUGGCAGUGACGGAUUUUCAGUUCGUCCUGACCCUUCCAUUCUGGGCAGUGGACACUGCCCUGGACUUCAGCUGGCCCUUUGGAAAGAUGAUGUGCAAGAUUGUCACCUCGGUCACCACAAUGAACAUGUACGCCAGUGUUUUCUUCUUGACAGCCAUGAGCAUCGCGAGGUACUGGUCGGUGGCGUCGGCGCUGAAGCCCAGGCGGCGAUUUAACGGAUGCUCGGCAAAAUGGGUCAGUAUCCUGAUCUGGAUUUCGGCAAUCUUAGCUAUCACGCCCCAAGCCGUGUUUUCCACAACCAAGACGCUCUUUAACGAAGAGUUCUGCCUGCUUAAGUUUCCAGACCACAACGGCUCCACACAGUUCUGGCUUGGCGUCUACCACAUCCAAAAGAUCUUGCUCGGGUUCGUAGUCCCACUUAUUGUUAUCACAAUGUGCUACCUGCUCCUUCUACGGUACGUGACCAAGAGGAAUAUCGGCAGCUCCAGCACUAAGAGGUCGAAAGUGACCAAGUCCGUCAUGAUAGUCGUGCUCUCCUUUUUCCUCUGCUGGCUUCCUAAUCAAGCCUUGACAUUCUGGGGCGUCCUGAUCAAGAUGAACGUCCUUAACUUCAGCAACGAAUACUACAACACGCACUCCUACAUCUUCCCCAUCACCAUCUGCCUGGCUCACACCAACAGCUGCUUGAACCCUGUUCUGUACUGUCUGAUGAGGAGGGAGUUUAGGAAGGCGCUGAAGAGUAUGUUUUGGAGGGUGAACUCUCCGACCACUAUCAAUAUGCGUCCUUUCGCGGCCAGCGCCAAACCAGAGCAAGAUCAUAGACAUGUCAUAAUUCCGAUAAACUCCGUGCCACCGGAGAUUUCGUACUAUCCGCCAGGGGUUGUAAUGCACAAUAGCCAGUAUGACAUUUUACCAGCUAGCUCUACGGAGCGCCGGUAUUAGAGAUAUUGCUGACACGGUUACAUUGCUCUGUUUUCCAAAAUAGCCUUUUUUUUUUUGCGUUUCGAAACUGAUUGUAAUUUGAUCAUUCCGCCUGUCUCCGUCUCCGUCUCAUUUACAUGGUAUCGCGCAAACCCGCCAGUUGUUAUCGUGGAGCCAACGCGAGUCCACAUAUUACUGAAAAGCAGGUUCCCCCGAGCGUGGUCACACCGCAGCCGUCUCAAUGCCAACGUAAACGUUACUUUAGUGAAAAGGCGCCCCUUCCCAAAGUGCUGUCUGACCGCUCGUUUCGUCCACCCGCGAAGUUAUUUGGACAGCGACCCAACUAGCAGCAAAAGCCAGCAUCGAGCCGUGACUGUAUUCAUACUCACGUUAUUGUAAAAUCCGAUCAGAGAUUGAUCCAGCAAUAGGUCUUUUACUGUGCAACGUCAAAAACUAAUGUUUUACCGCUAUUGGUUUAGAAGGGGAUACAAAAGCCUGCAGUUGCUGGAAUCUUGAGCAAACCAUAUGGUGCUGGAGGAACUCAGCGGGUCAGUCAGCAUCUGGGGAGGGAAAGGACAGACGAUGUUUCAGGGUGGGAACUGAAAAACAGAAGAAAUGUCCCGACCUGAAAUGCCUCGUGUCCAUUACCUCCACAGAUGCUGACUGACCCCUGCGUUCCUCCAGCUCUGUGUUUUGCAUCAGAUUCAAGCACCUGCUGUUCCUUGUGUGCGCGGUCUAUCAUUGGCGUGGUUUCCCUUUCGCCCUCUCCAUUCCCAAACCCUCAAGGAAGAAAGGUCCCAAUCCGAAACGUCACCCAUUGUUUUUCUCCAGCGAUGCUGCCUGACUCGCUGAGUUACUCGAGUACUUUGUGUCUCUCCAAGAUCCAUGUCAACUGCAUUUAUUGCAUUAUUUCCUUUAUUGGGAACAUACCCGUCUAAAUCUCCCGAAAUUAUAGCGUUUCUGACAUUGUGGUGUAGUUUUGAUCCGAAGUUUCAUUUAUCCGCGAUAAUGCAAGCGAUAUUUUGAAUUACGUUAUUAUAACAUAAAAAAAGUUUUUUCAUGGCUAAUAUAUUGGAUAGAAUUCAACCGCUAACCAUGCCUCGAUACUGCUUUUUUUACUCGUUUAAUCUAUUUUAUUCAUUAUUUUAUUUACUUUGCUAUUUCUAAGAUUCCCGAACAUAUGAAUACAUUUUAUAUUAUAUUACAAGAACACAUUUUGCAUGUCACUGCCGACCUAACAACUAAAGUUUCAGAGUACUAUUACUGGACUGCGGCUGUUUUUCUAUCA